AGAGUGCGACUUUCGCGAAGCACUCCGAAGCUGCCGGGUCCGCGUAUCUCCCUCCCCUCGAGAUUCGGAAUAACGAGCGGGCGAGCCCUCGGCCGUUUACUCUCGGGCUCGGAGAGCACGGCGCCUGGAGCCUUCCGUUUCUCUCCCUCGCGCCUUUUAUCUCUCGCACGGACAAGUCGACGUCUCGCGCGAGUUUUACGCGGAUUAUAAUCUCGCGUAUUAUUCGGGGACUGUUGAAGCCGGUAGCUGUUGCCGAGAGCUUCCGUCAAUCCGUCGAACGCAUCCCGGUCCUCGCGAUCGGUGGUCGUGGUGAUCGUUCGUGACGUCGACGGUCGUGUCGUCGAUCCGCAGAGUCGAAUUCGCUCUCGGCCGGAAUCGGCGCCCUUCGUUUCGAGGACGAACGAGGAACGACAGACGUAGAACCGUCAGAGGGAGAGCGGUCGCCGGAGAGCGAGAGACGCGAUAACGUACCGUAAUCUGUCGUUCGCGCGCACGCAAGCAAGCGAGUGAGGAAGCACGACGUACGCACGCACGCACGCACGCUCCCUCGUUCAUUCGCUUGCUCUCUCUCUCUCUCUCUCUCUCUCUCUCUCUCUCUCGCGUCGUGUGUGCUACUCGUUGUCCAUCGUCGUUGUCAUCGCCUAACCGGGACGAGAAUUUCUCGCGCGCGGAUCGAGCCUCGCCUAACUGCUCCUCCUCCCGGAUCCCCCGGUUGAAUCGAACGGAUGGAGCGUUCUUCUGUCGGAAAGCGUUUUCCCGGAAUAUCGAUCAAAUAGACUGAACUGGGCGAAGAACUAUUCCAGGAAGAGCCGAGGAACAGAGAGAAAACGUGAGAAUCGGCGACGGAUACGAUCAAAGAGAGAGAAAAAGUGACAAAGAGAUACCGGGGAGAAAAAUCUCAACGUCAUUCAGGAUACGCGAAGAAGGCGCAGCUGAUUCGCGCGGUUAAAUCGACGCAAGUGUGGCGGUGAUUAGGGUUGCGUACGGGUGGCUGCGGUCGCCCAGGUAGUUAGGGGACUACUCGGUGCCGGUUGCCGCCUUGGUAAGGUUGCCCUCGGUGACGACGAAGACGAAGACGACGAAGACGAGGACGAGGAGGAGGACGGCGGUGGUGGUGGCGGAGGAGGAGGAGGAGGCGGUGGCGGAGGAGCCGGUGCCGGUGAAAGAGGCAGUGCCGGUGAAGAUAGUUGUGUUAGUGGUAUCGGUGGCGAAAGUGUUUAGGGUGAUUGUGGUGGCGGUAGUAGUGUCGGCUGCUGCGGUGACGACGGCCGCGGGUGCCAAGUGCGACGAAGAGGACGGGAUUAACGACAAGGCGACAAGUAGAAGGAGGAGGGGGAGUACUUGCUUGGGAAGAUCGUCUCAUCUUCUUCGGGGUGACCGGGCCGCUAUCCGGUCGCGCUGUUUAACAGCAGCAAGUGAUACAGGAAGUGCGUGAGGGUGGCAUUUGUGAAGGCAACGUGUAGCAAGAUGGGCUGUGCCAUGUCCGCGGAAGAGCGGGCCGCUUUGGCUCGCAGCAAGCAGAUCGAGAAGAAUCUCAAGGAGGAUGGCAUCCAAGCGGCCAAGGACAUUAAGCUUCUGCUGCUUGGAGCGGGCGAGUCCGGCAAGAGUACUAUCGUGAAGCAAAUGAAAAUUAUCCACGAGAGCGGUUUCACGCCGGAAGACUUUAAGCAGUACAGACCCGUCGUAUACAGUAACACGAUACAAUCUCUAGUCGCUAUUCUCAGAGCAAUGCCUAAUCUGGGCAUCAGUUUUUCAACCAACGAGCGAGAGACGGACGCAAAAAUGGUGUUUGACGUAAUUCAAAGAAUGGAAGACACGGAACCUUUUAGUGAAGAAUUAUUGGCAGCUAUGAAGAGGCUGUGGUCCGACAAUGGAGUACAGGAGUGCUUUGGCAGGAGCAACGAGUAUCAGUUGAACGAUUCCGCGAAAUACUUCCUGGAUGACUUGGAUCGAUUAGGAGCCAGGGAAUACCAACCAACGGAACAGGAUAUUCUCAGGACCCGAGUGAAAACGACGGGGAUCGUGGAGGUUCACUUCUCCUUCAAAAAUCUCAACUUCAAAUUAUUUGACGUUGGUGGUCAGAGGAGCGAGCGUAAGAAAUGGAUACAUUGCUUCGAGGAUGUGACUGCUAUUAUUUUUUGCGUGGCGAUGUCCGAAUAUGAUCAGGUUUUGCACGAGGAUGAAACGACGAACCGAAUGCAAGAGAGUUUAAAGUUGUUCGACUCGAUCUGUAACAACAAAUGGUUUACCGACACCUCGAUUAUUCUCUUCCUAAAUAAGAAGGAUCUUUUCGAAGAGAAAAUCCGCAAGUCUCCUCUUACAAUCUGUUUUCCUGAAUACGCUGGUGCGCAAGAGUACGGCGAAGCGGCUGCAUAUAUCCAGGCGCAGUUUGAAGCAAAGAACAAAUCGACCACGAAGGAGAUCUACUGCCAUAUGACCUGUGCCACCGACACGAACAACAUUCAAUUUGUGUUCGACGCAGUCACAGACGUCAUUAUCGCUAAUAAUCUGCGCGGUUGCGGUCUCUAUUAGGCUAAUUCUGUAUUCUACGUUAAGCGCAAAUGGAGGAGGAAAACGUUACUACGACACGGCUGGCCGGACGAUAUAUUUCAGCAGGUUCGAAGCUUGUUUCGAUUCCAUUCCGGCUCGAGGAAGAAAGAGAAAGAGAGACGAUCCUUUUCGUUAUUAACGCUGAGCAGAUCGUAGCGGAACGCAUUUAGUUUAUCUGAUCUUAUACUAACGAAUCCGAGAAGCCGACAUCGUUCAAUCAUUCGUGAUGUCGAAGAAAUGGCACACUCCUCGGCUGCGUGAAAGAACGAUCGAUUACGGAGGAAGCGCGUGGUUUAAGAAUGAGCCAUUGUUCGAACGAGUUAGAUGUUGUUUUCACAGGAAACGAGACCGAAGCGAUUGAGGGCGGAUUCGUUGGCAAUGUCUACUAAGGGAAUUUUAAUUAAGCGCUCGCGUUUCCACAACCCGUUUUCUCUCCAUGGCAAAUGGAAAUGUGUCGCAGUUUGCACUAAUGACGAUGAAAACGCGAGGAUCCUGUACGAAAAUAGAGAUCCAUAGUCGCGAAUGAAAUAUUAUCAUGUCCUCUCGUGAAUAUCGAGAUUGUCGAGGAUUGAGCAUUUUUAUACCGCGAUCUUUGGCUUCGUUCUCGUUUCGCGAGAAACGCUCGAGCAUUCCAUGACGCAAAAAGAAAAAAAAGAAAGAGAAAGUCAUGCGUGCGUCACGCACACGAGUCGAAACCUUUAUGCACAACUUUCGCACACAGAUUAUUAAGCACAUUCUCAAAAUUUUGUUUAUAUAUACACACACAUUUAUAUAUUCUCUUACGUCUCUUUUUAUUGAAUGGCAAAUCCGCACAUUCGCGAUUGGACGGAUCUCCCGAGAAUCUUUUCCAGAUUUGCAUUUUGAUAAGUAGAGAGAGAGAGAGAGCAAUUGAAAAAGGGCGCAUUUUGUAACGCAAGAGUGUUAAUGUAUUGAUACUGUGAAGUUUCCAAGCUCAUUUAAUUACUUCUCUUAACAUAACGUUAGAUAUGCUUUAUUUUCUUUUUACUUUAUGCCAUUUCUAUACCGCGUAAUUGCUGUACAGUUAAUGUAAUGAUCACGCACAUGGGAUAUUCCUAGGCACCGGAUCUGAUUAUAGCAACAGAUAUCGAUCUAUACGCACAUACAUAAUUAUUUUGCAGCGUAAAAAUUUAUUCCUUCAUUAAUGGUCGUCACUGUGAAUGUCACAAUACUUUUAUCAUCACAUAUGUACACGAAUAUACAGAAUAUAUGUCGAUCUGAGAAAUCUUUGAAUCAACGUUCGCUUUGCAAAAUUUAUUCUGAUAGAAAUAUUAGAAAGAAAUGAAAAAUUGUGUCAAAUUUCUAUAAAACAAUUUGCAGAAUCUUAUUGGCGCGUGCACGGAAUAUAUUGCAGAUAGUAAAGAAACUUUUACAGAAUAGCGAGCUUUCUUACGAGAUAUUUGACGUUUUUAUCGACAUUACUGAUAGUGAUUCAAGAUUUCAUCGUUCUACGCGCCAUACGUUCAAGCAGAAAAGACACAUGAGCGUGUAUGCAUGAGCGUGUACAAUUUUUGGGACAUCCUGCGCAAUAUGCGAAACAAAUGCUAUAGCGGGAAUCCUAAGAGUGUAUUUUUCUAAGUGCUUCUUUUUCUUCCUUUUCGUUUUUUCUAUGGGGUGUAUCGACAAUACCGCUGAUUAAGUUCAAUAUAUGGGGGAGGGAGGCAGGAAAGGUGUAGAUGGAUGAGAGGACGGGGGAAGUGUACGAGAGCAUGCACAUGGGACCUCAUAUUUAGGUGCGCGUAACCAGCACGUAUGUAACGUGUUCCGGAACGAGCGUGAAUCUCGUUGCGCACAAUCGUACUGUACUCGGCUAUCUCGCAUAAGCUAUAUUUUAUUACACGAGAGUUGUUGUGUUGAAGGGGGUGGGGGGGGGGGAUACGAGCAAGAGAAACGGCCGGUGACGCAUCGUCACGCCGCAUCAUUAGAAUGCCACGAGACGCGCGUCUCUCCUGACGAUUAGCUUUCGCGUCGGAAUGAAAAAAUAAAAAGUGUAAAAGUAACGGUGACAGGCGCGUGUAGAAGAAUAGACGCGCACAUUAGAUCCAUUAGAAAAAUUGUGUGGAUAACAUGAGACGCGAUAGAAGACAGAAGCGGAAUAGCAUGAGAUAGAACACGACUUUCGAACACGAGACAAGAAAAUAUAGAAUUUAUUGUCCAAUUCGCGAUCCCAACUUGAGCCUGUAAGACUGUGCUUCUAUGUCUAUGUCUAGUCUUGUCAGCGAGUCGACGCUUCUUCGUCUCUAAAGUCCCUGUCUGGGUAAUCAUCGCGACUUUCCUCGCGCGUUUCAUCUUUUCGAUGAAAUUGACCAGUCCAUUUCCUUUCGCGUGAUCGUGUCCGUUGCAUCGUCUUGAAAUCGCGAUUCCGUUUUGUCGUCUGACUGUCACUCUGUCUUCGGGGAUAAUCAUGUCCUUGGAAGAGGAAAGGCGACGAUAGAUCAUCCGAUGAAAGGAUGGAUGAGAACAUAUGACUUGUACGCUUGUACGCGAUAUACCAAGGAUGGAGCAAGGAUCAUUUUUGAAGCGAGACGCUCGAAAAUAUCGGGCAUAAAUAUAGAUAUUGGUACUCGUUCGAUACUUGAAGAAGGAUGUAAUCUUAAAAGAUAGUCGAACGAUACAUGUUUUUAAUAUCUGGACAUUUCUGGACUUCUUUUGGACUUGGGGGUAUAGAUUUUCUUCAAAAGUAUCGAGUAUUUCGUACUAUUAGUUAGAUCAUAAUUGGUAUUAACGCGACAAAGUAUCGAUACUUUUGAAGCAAGCGUCGAUCGGCAAUGAUGACUAUUUAUAUGUUACAUGGUAAUCUUGAAACACAAAUUUAAUCUCUAAGUAUCGAACGAGCGUGAGUGUCGACAAUUGACGCUUUAUCAGCACCCGUUAUCCGCGAAUAAUCGAUGGCAUCGAGGCGUCACCAGCAGGGCUGAAUGAUCAGAAGGGUUGAUGAGCUAAUCGCGACUUUAGGGAUAAAGUAUUUAUACAGAAACCAAAAAGAGGAACUAUGUAAGAAGUCUCAAAAUGAAACGUACCAAAUAGCGCGUGCCAAUGCGCAUGACUUAACUUUUAGUCUAGCUAACGUUAUAGAGUAUCGAGCGGAGCCGUUAAGCUGCGCUUUUUGUCAAGAGAGAAAGAGAGAGAGAGAAAGAGAAAAAAGAGCGAUAAAAUACGACGAGAUUGAUAUCUUUGUUGUCGCGCGAUACGAGGAUCCGAUCAGACAUUGGCUUUUUCAAUCUUUUUUUUUCUCUGCCAUUAAACCAGCUUUAAAUUAUCGUAUUAAUAUCACUUUAAUAAGUUGAACUAUUGACUAUUUAAAGGAAAUUAAUUAUAGACACAGACACGAGAAUAUUUGGCGGAUCUCUAUCAUUCACAAAGAAGCGAUCGACGUUGGUCGUGAUAUCGGUCGAAUCUUCGAUUUUUUCGCGCACAACUUAUUAUCGUACCGCCGCGAUUGCGCGAAACCGAUACGCGGAGCAAAAUCAAGAAGCAAAACAAUACCUGAGAAAUUCUUUAUUUUACGCAAAUUCGUUGAAACUUCAAGAAUUUACGGUGCUGCUUGAUUUUUCUCCGCAUCUGUUUCGUGCAAAAUUGUAAUUAGCGGCAGACCGUACGUUUUUAGCGAUGAUGCGAUGCAACAUUCGAUCGUUAAGUUGCUAUUACAUCGGAGAUCAUUAUCUCUCGGCUCUUAAGUUAAUCAUUGUCGGCGACACGGUGAAAUGUCUUACGAGAUGAUGAAGAUGAGAAGAUUCAGAGGAUUUGGAAAAGAGAGGAUUGGGAUUAAACACGCAAGCGUAAAAAUUUAAUUAUGUAAUGUUCAUAGAUAUGAAGCGCGCGAGACGCUGAGGAUAAUAUGUGUUAUUUUAAAAGCGCUAAGGUGCGAAUGGAUGGGGUGAUACGCGAGAAUAUAUUUGUGAGAGUCUACCGAUUUACUGCGUUACUAGCUUAUAAAUGAUUCAGCAUUAAGAAAAGCGAUGUAAGCGAUGAUGUUUCUGUGUACACGUGUGGGACGCAUAAUUCCCAAAUAAGAGGCGAGAAACUUGCGAAGGAGGCGAAACGGUCGGCAUCGGGCGGAACUGGUUGCGAGAUCGUUAUAGGAGACCGUCGUAAAUACAAGAAAUCAGCUUGACUUAAUUGUCUUAAUUGUGAUUUUGAAACAUCAUUGCGAUGUAAGAGAUCCGGCAAUGAUAGCGACAGGUAUUUAGCGAUAGGUGAGAAAUCGAUAAGAUUGAUAAAAAUUAGUAAAAUGUUUUAAGGUCGGCAAGAAAUGAGUUGGGCUGGACGAUAAUCGUACAAGUUUGAAGGCGAAAUCGAAAGAUAUGCGAGCAAUCAUUAUGAUAAGAGGUGGAUACAUUUCGAGUUCAUAUAUAUGUAUGUAAUAUUAUAUUAAAACGAUAUAGUAUAUACUAUUAUACAUACAUAUAUAAUAUAUAUAUAUAUAUAUAUAUAUAUAUAUAUAUAUAUAUACAUAUAUACAUCCGAGACGUUGAGCCGCCUCGCCGCGUAUGACUGCAUGUCGUGCGUAUCAUAAGACGUAUCGCUCACAGAUCAGGUUCACGACCGUUUCCUCUUCUGCGUCUCUUGCUCCGUUGUUUCUCACGGCACGCACAUGUGUAAGCGAGCUCCUCUCCCUUCGCAGCACAUUUCGCGACACACACUUCAUUUCGUUUUCGACGUCACCUCACAUUCGUCUCACAAGCAAUCACAACGGGUCCCAGCAUCGGAUCGAGCGCGAUGAUCCGAUAUUUCGGAUAAUCUCACCAGGGUGGCCUAGUUUAUGCUUUAGCAUUCGAAGAUUGAGUCUUUCUUUUUACAAUCACAUUUAUUAAGUAUGAAGUAUUUCAAACAAUAAUAAAGUCUAAAAAAGAUGUACGAAAAAUGCGUCUGAAAAAUUAUGAUAUCUUCUAGAUUAUUGUAUUAUUUGCAACGAUAACAUGGGCUCAAAGAUUUAGUUUAUACGAGAUUUUUAUUGUCUUUAUUUUAUUUUUUUUUGUCCCUUCUAUUUUUAUUUUAUUUUAUUUUUAUAGAAAGGAAAUGUAUAUAUAGCGGAUUAUUUUAAUCUGCUGCGAUGUUAUUUUGAAUUGUCUUUAUUUCAGAUACAUUCUACGACUGCUUAAUGUGUUAAUAGUGAUAUAGCGAUUGCGCGCAAUGAUCCAUGUCGUUUUCAUAUCAAUUUGUGAUUCGUGAUGAACAAGAAAGGCAUUUAAGAAUGUCACGAUCAUGUCGCGAGAGCAAAGGUUUUGCGCGAGAUAAAUCGAGCUCUUGUUGAUAAGAAAGGAUUUGAAAUGCGUGAUAAUCUAGGAUAGCGGAAAAAUAACUUUUUCGGAGUGAAAUCGACGAGGAAUUUUUGCUUUAUCCUUAUUUAUUGCAAUAGCAAUAAUGCGGAUGUUUGCGUGAAAAUGUCGCAACUAUAUGAUGUAAAACAAUAGCAGCUUUUGUGUAUAAUUAUUUUUACGCAUACAUUUUUAACAUGAAAGUUUCAAUUUUUUCUUUCAAAAAACACUAUAAAAACUACAUCAUAUACAUGUAUGUCAGGCAAUUUUUAUUUUAUUCUUUUUUUAGUAAAAAAUAUUUUAUCGAUAUUUUGUACAUUAAAAAUGUUUAAAGUUAUUUUUUUUUGUUAGUAAAAUAAUUUUGCCAAAUUUUCACGAUGAAUCUGAAAAUAUUUUACAUGCGAGGAGCCUGUGUAUAGCGCGAAUUGUUUCGUGAUGUAAAAUGCGACUUAAGUUUGCUUGAAACUGUAUCCAAGACACGAGUUCUUUUAUUUUUUAUUAUCGUCUCUAAGAUUAGUGUUAUUGACUGUAGUCUCGCGAUAACGUAGCUGUAUUGUUCAUUAUUCACCAUGAUUGCCAUAUUGUUGUAAAAUUAGCUUAAUCAUAUAGACAGCCGAUAGAAGCUAUUGUGACGAGUAAUAUAUAUAUAAUUAUACAUAUAUAUAUAAUUAUACAUAUAUAAAUAUAGAGAUACGUAUUAGUUAUACUACUGCUAAGUCAUACUUUUUAUGUGUGUAUGUGUGCGAACGCGUAGACGGAUGGAUGGCGCGUAUGUGUGCAGCAUUUCUAGUCACGUAUCGAACCAAAAAAAAAGAAGAAAAAAAAGAAAACGUAACAACUAAA